AUGGCAAUCGCCUCGCCGGGCUGUUGUCGCUUCCAUCAUAGGAACUCUCUUUUCUUGAAGAAAGAUCAUCGUCGGUGGACAUGGGAAUCACCAAAUGGCCCGACUCGCGCGGACAUCGACCACAUAGUCACCAACCGGAAAUGGUGUCUAAUUGACGUCUCAUUAGUACCAUCCUUUUGUACUGGUUCUGAUCACCGUCUCCUUCGUGCGAAAAUACGACUUAUCCACACGAUGGAAAAGAACAUCUGUUAUCGGGAACGAAAGAGAAAAGGGCUCUUCUACGACGAUUACGUACUCGAGGACACCUUGUCCCAAGGUGACUGGCACAUCGAGAAGGACGCAGACGUGGACUACGAUAUGCUGCUCAGAGGAUUAUGA